AUGAGCUACACCCAGUUUGCCUUCCCCUGGAUUUCUCUGGAAAGCAAUGCUGGAGAGGUGGCCAUCAAAAGGGUGCCACGGGAGCGCGUCCGGCACUGGGGCGAGCUGGAGAUCGUGCUGCUGGCCAAGGUGUCCACUGGCUUCCCUGGUGUGGUCCAGCUGCUGGAGUGGCUUGAGCUCCCCAACGAUGUCUUGAUGGUGCUGGAGCGCCCGGAGCGGUGUCAGGACCUGCAGCAUUUCAUUCGGGCACGGGGCUUCCUGCCCGAGGAGGUGGCGCGGGAGCUGUUCCGCCAGGUGCUGGAGGCCGUGCGGCACUGCACCAGCUGCGGGGUCCUGCACAGGGACAUCAAACCAGAGAACAUCCUGGUUACACCAGGGACGAGCGACGACCGGGUCGGGUCCCGAAGCAGCCGGGACGGCAAAAAAGCGCGAAAAAGAAGAGUUAAGACGCGCCGUGCCCUGGGUGUCCGUACAGACGAGUCUGGCCGAUACGUGCUGCCGAGACCUUGA